CCGACGCUCGCAAAGCCGCCGUCUCUUUUCUCGAUUCUAUCAAGGCUGGUGAUAUUCGGAUAUUGGCAAACACGUCGUUCCUUUUGGUAAAAAGGAACUGGUCCUCUGAAAUCCGUUUACAUGCUUUUAAAAUGCUGCAGCAUUUGGUGCGAUUAAGGUGGGAUGAAUUAAGCCUCGCAGAGCACAAGAACUUUGCAAAUCUCGCCAUUGAUUUAAUGUCUGAGACUGCCGAUCCCUCUGAAGAUUGGGCUCUUAAAAGCCAGACGGCUGCCCUCGUGGCUGAGAUAAUUAGAAGAGAGGGGCUUAAUUUAUGGAAGGAAAUGUUUCCAUCAUUGGUUUCUCUAUCCAGCAAGGGUCCAAUACAAGCUGAAUUAGUUUCAAUGAUUCUUCGGUGGCUUCCUGAAGAUAUUACAGUUCAUAAUGAAGACUUAGAAGGUGAUCGCCGAAGGCUACUCUUGCGUGGGCUAACUGAAUCACUGCCUGAAAUUUUGCCACUCCUAUACACUUUACUGGAAACACACUUUGCAGCUGCACUAAAUGAAGCUGGUAGAAACCAGAUGGAAAUUGCCAAACUGCAUGCUGCUACUGUAACAGCUACACUAAAUGCAAUAAAUGCAUAUGCUGAGUGGGCUCCAUUGUCCGAUCUUGCCGAUGCUGGCAUCAUUAAUGGAUGUGGUUUCCUACUAUCUGCUCCUGAUUUUCGGCUUCAUGCUUGUGAGUUUUUCAAACUUGUCUCCCCAAGGAAGAGGCCCAUCGAUGCUUCUGCUUCUAAAUUUGACCAAGCUAUGAUUAUUAUCUUUCAAAUCUUGAUGAACAUAUCUAGAGAGUUUUUGUACAGAUCUGGCUCAAAUCCAGGAUCUAUAGAUGAGGGUGAAUAUGAAUUUGUGGAGUUUAUAUGUGAAAAUAUGGUGUCACUAGGCGCUUCUAACUUGCAAAGUAUUGCUGGAGAUAGCAGCAUACUUCCUUUCUAUCUUGAACAGAUGCUGGGGUUUUUCCGACAUUUCAAGUUUGCCAUUCAUUUCCAAUCUGUGCACUUCUGGCUGGUGCUAAUGAGGGAUUUAAUGUCAAAACCAAAAAGUUCCUCGCAUUCAGCCAUUAGUAGUUCAGGUUCUGGAGAUGUUGAAAAUGUAAAGAAAAAGAUUCUAAGCUUUGUGAAUGAUGAUUUCUGUGGUGCAAUUUUGGAAACAUCUUUCCCUCACAUGCUCAAGAGAGAGAAAAUCCUACCUGAGACUGCACUGUCUUUAGGGGUGUUGGAGUUGUGGAGUGAUGACUUUGAGGGGAAGGGUGAAUUCAGCCAAUAUCGCUCUAGGCUGUUGGAGUUGAUUAGGUUCGUUUCCUCUUGCAAACCCUUGGUGGCAGCUGCUAAAGUUUCCGAAAAAAUUGAUGCAAUCAUCAAGAGUCUCUUGGUUUCACCAACUCAAACUCAGGACUUAGCAUUGAUGGAAAGCAUGCAGUUGAUUUUAGAGAAUAUUGUGAGUACAGUUUUUGAUGAAGCCAAUGAUUUUGCCAAGGCAAAUGCUGAAAUGCAGUUUGCAUUACGAAGAACAUUUGAUGGUUUACUUCAGCAAUUUCUUUCGUUGAAAUGGACGGAACCUGCACUUGUGGAAGUACUUGGUCACUAUUUGGAUGCAAUGGGCCCUUUCUUGAAGUAUUCCUCAGAUGCAGUUGGCAGUGUUAUCAAUAAACUUUUUGAACUUCUCACAUCCCUUCCCAUUGCAGUCAAGGAUACUUCGACUUCUAGUGCACGGCGUGCAAGAUUGCAGAUUUGUACAUCAUUUAUUCGGAUAGCCAAAACAGCUGAUAAAAGUAUCCUGCCUCAUAUGAAGGGCAUUGCCAAUACCAUUGGAUGUUUGCAAAGGGAAGGUUGUUUGCUUCGAGGAGAGCAUAAUCUUCUAGGUGAAGCUUUUCUUGUGAUGGCUUCUGUUGCUGGGAUUCAACAGCAGCAAGAAGUUUUAGCAUGGUUAUUGGAACCUUUGAGCCAAGAGUGGACACAUUCGGAAUGGCAGGAUAAGUAUUUAUCUGAACCAUAUGGCCUGGUUUACUUGUUCUCAGAAGCACAAGUUAUGUGGUCAAGUUUCCACAGUGUGACAUUCUUUGAGAAGGCACUUAAGAGGAGUGGAAUCAAGAAAGCUAAUUGGAAUCCUGAAAACAGCUCAACACCGGAUUCAACUCCUAUAAAUCCAAUAGCUCCCCAUGUAUCAUGGAUGCUGACUCCUCUGUUGAAACUACUUCGCACUAUACAUUCCCUUUGGUCUCCAUCUGUACGUCAAACUUUACCUGGAGAGAUCCAAGCUGCAAUGAUCAUGAGUGAUGUUGAAAGGUUCACUCUUCUUGGAGAAGGGAACCCCAAGGUUCCAAAGGGUUCAUUGGCUAAUGUUGACAAGAGUAAGGAAGGAUAUGCUGAACCUAAUGAAUCAGAUAUACGAAAUUGGCUAAAAGGAAUCAGAGACAGUGGAUAUAAUGUAUUGGGCUUGUCCACAACAAUUGGGGAUUCCUUUUUCAAAACUUUGGAUGUGCAUUCUGUUGCGUUUGCACUAAUGGAGAACAUACAGUCGAUGGAGUUCAGGCAUAUAAGGCAGCUUGUUCAUUCCGUUUUGAUACCUUUGGUUAAGCAUUGCCCUUUGAAUAUGUGGGAGACUUGGCUAGAAAAGCUUCUGCACCCAUUAUUUGUCCAUGCUCAGCAGGCGCUCAGCUGUUCAUGGUCAUGUCUUCUACAAGACGGUAGAGCAAAGGUUCCAGAUGUUAUUGAAAUUGUUAGUGGAUCAGACCUAAAAGUGGAGGUCAUGGAGGAAAAGCUUCUGAGAGAUCUCACACGAGAGAUAUGUUCACUUCUCUCUGCAAUUGCUUCUCCUCCCCUUAAUCCUGGAAUCCCUUCUUUGGAACAGUCUGGGCACGUUAGUCGAUUAGACACGUCUUCACUGAAAAGCUUGGACACAUUUGCAUCAAGCUCUAUGGUUGGUUUCCUUCUGAAGCAUGGUUUGGCUCUUCCAACACUACGUAUGUGUUUAGAGGCUUUUACAUGGACGGAUGGUGAAGCUGUGACAAAGAUUUCUUCUUAUUGCUCUGUGUUGGUAUCCCUUUCAAUUGUAACAAAUCAUUCAGAACUAGUGGAAUUUGUCUCCAGAGAUCUCUUUUCUUCAAUUAUUCAAGGCUUAGCCCUUGAAUCAAAUGCAAUAAUUAGUGCUGAUCUAAUUGGCCUUUGCCGUGAAAUAUUUGUGUAUCUUUGUGAUAGACACCCGGCUCCCCGGCAGGUUUUAAUGUCUCUGCCCUCUAUUACCCCUCACGACUUGCUUGCUUUCGAGGAAUCUCUAACAAAAACAUUGAGUCCAAAGGAGCAAAAGCAGCACAUGAAAAGCUUGCUUAUCUUAGCAACUGGUAACAAAUUGAAAGCACUUGCAGCUCAGAAAAGUGUGAACAUCAUUACAAACGUUUCAACAAGACCACGCAGCUCAGGCAAUGCUUCUGAAUCCAGAGUUGAUGAUGGAGAACCUUUGGGAUUGGCUGCCAUAAUGUAAAAUAUUCCGAGCUCAAGGAAGGUUUUGUGUACAGGGUGAGCUAAUCAUAAUAUUUUGGGUUUUUUUCUUAUUUACUGCUAACAAGGGGUGACAGGAACAUUUUCGCACCUGCAACCUUAGAAAGUGGGAACUGAGUGGAAGUAGUAGAUUUUAUGCGCUUCCUCUCUUGUUAUAGCAAACACAACACAUGAAUCAGAUAUGUUAUCGGAAAAUCUUUUAUA